AUGGCUCACUACAGGCAUUUUUAUGGGAAAAGAAAGAAUCAUGCAGACUUGUUUCGUAUCUCUUCGUUUGUUCCUGAAACGCCAAGUUCAGAUAAAACAGCAUGUCAUUAUCUGCUAUCAGCUCCCUUUGUAUCUCUGGGAGGACUUUCACCAUCUGAGAAAGAAAUAGCAAAGAUUUCAGGACCCAUGAAACGACGUUUCUUCCGUAAUCAAGCAGGACCCACCAAUCGCUGUCAAUUUCCGUUCACUUCAUCCUGUGACUUACUAGGAAUUUCACAGAGUGAUAAAGUGAAGCAAGAUGGCCUCCAUAACAGCUUGCUGAAAAUAAUGACUGUGGAUAGCUCUGUGCCUCUGGGGGAAGAAUUCGGGUCCUGGAAAACAGGUGCAGAACUUCUCGAUGAAUCUAGUGCCCAAUCUUUUGCAAAUAUGUGUCCACAAAUUAAACCCAGACCCAGGAUAGUCUCCCACCAAAGAUUGCCCAAUCAAAUGCUUUUUUCUUAUACACAGAAGAUCACAGAAGGCAUGGAACCAGAUGUAACUUUGGACUGUUUGGGCUUUGAAUGGGAACUUCAUCGAAUGUAUUUAUUUAAAUCUCACGUCCUUUCCCAACUUCUUGCUGAAGCAACACAGCAUAGCCUUUCCCCAAGCACAGGAAGCAUAUUGAAAUCUAAAAAAGCAGAAACCCGUUGUUAUAAAUGCUGUCUGCUAGCUGGUCGUAAGCAAGAUAAAUUCUGCCAACAGAAGGAAAAAUUGACAAAAGUCACCAUUGCUCUGGAGAUCAGUGAUCAAGAUGUCACUCGGUUUGCCUUUGCUGUUGCACUCAAGAACAUGUACAAUUCUGAACCAGAAGUGAAUGAAGAAGAUGCUCUAGGAAUUCUGGCUGCAGCAGAAGUGUUACAGUUCCCUAGCCUUUUUCAAAAGUGCAUCCAGGUCAUGAGAAGGAGUAUCUGUCCUACCAAUGUCUGUAGUUAUUAUACUGCAGGCUGCAAGUAUAAACAACCUUCCUUGAUCGCUCUCUGUGAAAGAUGGACUGAGGUAAACCUUGUCCCACAGCUUGGCUCCCAGAUAUGCCUGCGGAACCUGCCACUGGAGCUGCUGCAGAAAGUGCUUAAAUCUCCAAGGUUGUUUACCAUCAAUGAAUUCUACCUCUUGAGAACUGCAUUAUACUGGGUAUUCCUGCAGCAAAAUCCCAAAAUUCAGAUAAUCCCAUCUUAUGAUACUAUCCUCAGAUAUUUUAGCAGUUUACCCAGGACUUGGGCCUUCUUGGAAAGGAAAGAAGGGCAACAAUACAUGGCUAUUUUUCAGUCUCUUCGUUUACAUGGCAUCACUUCAAGUAAACAUCUAGAGGAGCUAUGGAAAAUUAAUUUCUUUCCUUUGCCGUGGCUUACAAGGAUCUUGUCUGAUCACUACCAUGCACUAGAGAAUGGUGGCGAUAUGGCCUUUCAGGCAGACUUUAACACCCAAGCAGUGAGAUUUGGUCUUUUGCUCAGGAAGGAACCAAGAUAUCAUGCAGAGAUAAUUUCCAUUUAUGGAUUCUUCUUUGAGCUAAAAGCAAUAAAACAUGAUGCUUCAGCGUACAGUUUUUACAUGAAAAGAGUCAGACAUGCAGAUCCAAUUAUCUCUUAUUUUACUGCUGACCGCAGUCCUGUCAGUUUACAGAAAGAACGGGAAGUUAAGUAUGAAAUAAAAGCACAGUGCCAAAUAGAUGGAAAGUGGGAAGAAUUCACCACAGAAAGGGUCACUCAAAGCUUUGGAGUUAAGAAACCUUCUUCUAAAAGCCAGAUCUUGAAAGCAAGAAUACCAUCAGUUCCCAUCUAUGUGACAUUUUUGCUUCUUUUCCCACCAUCUUAAAAGAUCACAUCUGUUCUUCCAUCAAUGAACUCCUUCUGACAUCUAGCAAACAGAUAAUUAGAAUUGGAGAUGUUCUGGCAGAUGACUACAGUUUC